GGUAUAGGAAUGUUUUGUAUUGCUUGUUAAAUGUAACUUUGCAAUUAUAUUAUUGAAUAUUAAAUAUAAAAAUAAUUAAUGAAUAUUUUAAAUAUGGACGCCGGGAUUAUGGUUGAAACUUUGCCGAUACUCGGUACUUGUAAUUUAUGCUUAAGCGAAGGUGUCGUCAAGAGUAUGCUUAUUAAACAAAAUAGUGAAAAUAAAAGGGAUUCCUACACGGACAUGCUAUUCAAAUGUUUUUCAAUUGAUAUGACAGAAUUAGACUUGGAUGAUACAAAACGUCUUAUAUGUGACGGUUGUAUUAAACAACUUGAACUAUCUUUGAAGUUUAAGGACCAAGUUGAAACAUCAUUAAAGACGUUGGAAGCUACUAUUAAAUUAAAAAAAGCCAGUCAAGCACAUGAAUGUGUUAAGGUUGAACUUCCAACACACAAAGAUGAAAUAUUACAAGAAGCUCUGAAAAACGUGAAUGAUGAUCUCGCAGCUGUGAUCGGAUGGUCCAAGGAUACCUUCGAAUGUGAUGACUCUGACGACGACAGACUAAUAUUUCAGAGCGUUAAGCAAGAAGAUGAUACUGAUGUCGACGAUGACACAGAGUAUUAUCCAGCAAGUUUGAGCGACUUGAUGAUUAAGAAAGAACCAGACGACUAUAGGCCGAGACGGACGAGAAAAAGAACUCUGCCAACCGGCAAGAAGAAAGUAUCGUACUCCGUCAAGAAGCAGGCGGAUUUAAAGGAAACAGAGAAAAUGUUAGAGGUCGGUUUAUUUCCGUUCAAAAUGGGAAAAAAUCAAUCGUACUCCUGCGCUAUAUGUCCAGAAAAGUCAACAGUUCUCGACGAUAUUAAGGUCCACAUUAUGCAACACAAUGUAACGAACAUCCACGUAGCUUUUAAGAAGAUGAUAUCGUCGACGUUACAGAAGUUCUACAAAUCGUCCGGUAAAUUUAGAUGCAAGAUAUGUCGGAGCGAGAUAACCGACUACGAGGCCUUGAAACAGCAUAUAAACGCAUGCGUGUCCGUCAAAUCCGGCAGAGGUUGGAACAAUCUGCCAUUUAAAUUGGAAAAGGACCAAUUGGAUUGUCCAAUUUGUCAGAAAACAUUCCUAAACUUCGUCAGCUUAAACACGCAUAUGAAUGUACACUAUCCGAAUCACAUUUGCGACAGCUGCGGCAAAGCUUUCGCUUCGAAAGCUCGUUUACGAGGUCACAUGCGAACUCACGAAAUAGGCGAUUUUCCGUGUAGAUAUUGCGACGCAGUUUUCGACAGAGUGACCAAAAGAGAGAAUCACGUGUCAAAAGAGCACAAGUCAGGGAUACGGUACGCGUGCAAGAGAUGCAACAUAUCCCUGUCCUCGUUCUACGCGAGACAGAAGCAUCUAGCCGAAGUCCACAAUGAGGAGUUGAAGAGGUACAAAUGCAAGGCGUGUACCCAAAGUUACAUAACUCCGGGGCAUCUCUCCAGUCACGUGCGAAGGGAUCAUUUGAACGAGAGGAAUCACAAGUGCACGAAAUGCGACCUCGCCUUCUACACGAGAAACUCUCUGAAAAUGCACAUGAUAAAACACGACGGGGAACGAAUUCAUUCGUGUAACAUUUGCCACAAAUCUUACCAGAGGAAGAAGACCUUAAGGGAACACAUGCGUAUACAUAAUAAUGAUAAAAGGUUCAUCUGUCCGGUGUGCGGGAGGGCGUUCACGCAAAAGUGCACCCUAAAGGGCCACUUGAAGGUCCAUGAAAGGAAACCGGAUGUUGAUGAACGAGUACCGCAACCCUUACAUUCGAUAUAAAUGUUAAAAUAUUGAAAAGCCAAGCUUGUAGUUUAACGAAAUUGUAUUAAUGUACGGAAUGGCAUCUGUGGUCUGUUGCUAAAAGGAGUUGAAUCUGCACCGCAUUUUGAAAUGAGCUAAAACAUAAAAAAAAAAAAUGUUUGUGCUA